UGAGGGUUUUGGAUCUGGUGACUGGGCGGUGGGGGAGGGGGCGGCGAUGGCGGCGGCGCGGUCGUUCUUCGCGUGCGCGGCGGCUGGGGGGAGGGUUUAUGUGGCCGGCGGGCAUGACGGGCAGAAGAACGCGCUCCGGUCGGCAGAAGCGUACGACGUGGCCAUGGACCGGUGGGCGACGCUGCCGGAGAUGGCGGAGGAGCGCGACGAGUGCCAGGGGGCGGCGGCGGCGGGGGGGAAGUUCUGGGCGGUGAGCGGGUACGGGACGGAGAGCCAGGGACGGUUCGACGCGGCGGCGGAGUGGUACGAUGCGGCGGCUGGGGAGUGGCGGAGGGAGGAGGGGGUGUGGGAGGUGGGGGACGCCGGCAUCGGGGGCGGCGGAGCGGCGUGCUUCGCAGCGGCGGGGGGGUUGUGGUGCGUGGAUGUGAAGAGAGGGGUGAGGGAGUACGAUGGGAUGGGGAGGGGCUGGAGGGCGGUGGCGGGGGUGCCGGAGUUGCUGAGGUCGACGCCGUGCGCGGUGGCGAUGGGCGGGGCCGCUGCCGGAGAGAGGGUUUUCGUGAUGGGGGUGGAGGGGGAGGGGGGAAGGCACGGCGGUUGGGUGUUCGAGAUGGGGAGCAAGAAGUGGACGCGUGUGGAGACCCCGGCCGUCUUCACGGGGUUCGUCUACUCGGCUGCCGCGGUUCGGCUCUAAGAGUCCCUGAACCGGCCGGUCCGUUGGUAUUUUUGUUUUUCUGGAGUAAUCAUCUUAAUAUUAGGUAUUAGAUGAUGGAAUGGUAAUAGUUUUAAACUAUAAUUAUGAUUAGUAGUAGCUAGGUGCACAUGGUAUAUGUAGCCUGGGAGUUGUGAAAGGCUUAUGCAGUGGAUGAGGAAUGUAUGUUUGCUUUGAGGUGUGAUAGUAUAAAUAUUUUGGGUUUCUGUGAAA